GCGCGCUCCUCCACUAUCCCGGCGGGCAGUGCGCCAGAGCGUUUCCGCCUCGCCCCUCUCUCUCGUCUCCGGUGCAGCAGCCGCGUAGAGGACGGUCGCCAGGUCGCCGGCAGCGGCGGAAUGUUGGCUUCUAGGGCAUUUAGCUUAAUUGGCAAGCGUGCCAUUUCCACCUCCAUUGGCUUGAGAGGACAUGGAGCAGGUGUUGCGAAAGUGGAAGACUUCAGUCUUCCAAAUUACAUUGAUCGUCGUGACAUUCCCCUGCCUCAGCUGGAAUACGUAAGGAAUCUCUCUGCUGAGCAGAAAGCCCUGAAAGAAAAGGAAAAGGCAUCAUGGAGUGCCCUCUCCAUUGAUGAGAAGGUUGGAUUGUAUCGUAUCAAAUUCUGUGAGACCUUUGCUGAAAUGAAUAGGGGAUCAAAUGAGUGGAAGACUGUUAUUGGUGGUGUGCUCUUCUUCUUGGGCUUCACUGCCUUUAUUGUCAUUUGGCAGAGAUUGUAUGUUUAUGGUCCUGUUCCUCACACCCUUUCUGAGGAAUGGGUGGCUAUGCAGACCAAGAGAAUGCUGGAUAUGAGAGUUAACCCAAUCGAGGGCUUCUCGGCCAAAUGGGACUACGACAAGAACGAAUGGAAGAAGUAAAAAUCACUCCUGGGAUCACUGGACCUGCUGUCCACUUGAAUUUUAAAUGAUUCCAUUGCCUACAUGUGACCUCACUGCAUCUGUACUGGAACAAAUUCCAUUUAAAUGCUAAUAAAUGUCUGGUUUACUUGAAA